AUGAAAACCAGAGUCAAACUCUAUACGCAUCGUAUCAAAAGCGCAGCGAAUGGACAGCUAUACGAUGUUUUUGAAGUACGGACGCCCUAUACAACAGGACCUCGAUCAGUUCGUCAGCAACAACAACAACGACAGCAACAAACGCCUGCAAGCGAUACUACUGAUGCUGCUGCCGAUGUCGCUACCGCCACCAGUACUGAUGCUGCUGCUAUUACGAAAGCAUUCGACAUCACUAGCACAAAACAAGCGUAUGCACCUAGUUAUAAAGAAGCAUGCAUGUUUUUGCGCGCGAUUCAGAUAAAUCGUCGUGAGCGGGUUAGCCCGCAGUGUCUCCGUCAUCUUGCAACGUAUGUUGUACAAGCGUGGGAAGUGGAUCCUGCCGAAGCAAAGGUGACAGAACUCAUCGACGUAAUGACGCAUUUGCUUGACACUACUCAGGUCGAUACGACAUUGGCCUUGGACGACGCACUUCGGCAGUCGUGUCGCAACCCUGCCGCUCUGCCGACCGUCUGUCCUACUGUGGCAUUGCUUGUUGCCAUGCGCUAUAUUGAUCGAUUAAAAAAGAAAUACAAUAAUAUUCGUGGCGCUGUGGGCUGCAGUCAUCGGCUGAUCGUUGUUGCUUACAUGAUGGCUGUCAAGUACAUCCAUGCCAACCUCCGUCUUAUUGUCGAUAUUACCGUCGAGGAUGAUGGACAUGACCAGCAGCCACAACAACAACAACAACAGAAGCAACAGGCAACAGCAGAAGAACGAAGGCGAUCUUCUGUCGAUUCAUUGUUAUUCAGCCGACUUUCGACAGAACGCUCCACUUUGAGAAAGCCGCCUUCAUCAACGGCCACUGCCAGCAUGGUGUCUCCUCCAGCAUCACCAAAGUCAUGCGCUUCCUCACCCGAGCAGCAGAAGAAACAGCUGUCUUCUUUACAGCAACAACAACAAGAUUCACAGAGUCAGCGUGCGUUACGAGCGUUACGCAUGGAGAUUGAAUUUCUGCACUUUCUCAACCAUGACCUGACACUUUCUGAUCCAGUCGGGCUUGUUGAAUGGGCCCACCGACGACCACCCACUACCAGCGCUUCCGAACAACCAGUGGAACCAUCAUCGACGCCUACUGCGUACAACGCGUCAGCGUCAUCAUUAUCAGCAGACGAUGGAGACGACGAGAUGGAGAGCGAUGAUGAUACACCUUCCGUCGGAUAA